AGGAGCAAAUCUUAAGCAACACCUUAUUUUCUUAUAUCGGCUCGAUCUAUUCGCAUCUUCCCCAUUGACAUUUCAGUCUUGAGAAAACAAAAACUCUCCGUCUUCGUUGUUUCUUCCCCAUUGACAAUGCCGGCGAGGAAGCCCGGUGUGAUCGCCUUGUUCGAUGUCGAUGGAACUCUCACGGCCCCUAGGAAGACGGCGACUCAAGAAAUGCUCGAUUUCAUGCGCGAUCUGCGUAAGGUUGUGACUGUCGGUGUGGUCGGUGGAUCUGAUCUCAUCAAGAUAUCUGAGCAACUCGGGAAAUCAGUUAUUAACGACUACGAUUAUGCGUUUUCUGAGAAUGGUCUUGUUGCCCAUAAAGAUGGGCAACUCAUUGGAACAGAGGACCUGAAACAGUUCCUUGGAGAAGAUAAACUCAAGGAAUUUAUAAACUAUACGCUACACUACAUUGCAGAUUUGGACAUCCCAAUCAAAAGGGGGACAUUCAUAGAAUUCCGGAAUGGAAUGCUCAAUGUGUCACCAAUUGGUCGUAACUGCAGCCAAGACGAAAGAGACGAAUUUGAGAAAUAUGACGAGAUUCACAAUAUACGACCGAAGAUGGUGGCUGAACUUCGUAAGAAAUUCUCACAUCUUAAUCUCACUUUCUCCAUAGGAGGGCAAAUAAGCUUUGAUGUUUUCCCAAAGGGUUGGGACAAGACAUACUGCUUGCAGUACCUCAAGGACUUCAAUGAAAUUCACUUCUUUGGUGACAAAACCUAUGAGGGAGGAAAUGAUUACGAAAUUUACACGUCGGACAAAACAAUUGGUCAUACCGUUACGAGUCCAGACGACACAAAGGCACAAUGUGAAGCUCUGUUCAUGUCUUGAAAACAUCAUCUCAUGAACAAACACUUAAAAACAAGAGUCUCAUACUAUGUGAUUCCUUUCUGCCGGCAAUUUUUCAGAGCUCUGAUUUAGUUAAUGCGACCCCUUUUUUUAACGCGUGAA